UUUAAUCAUCUCCAAAGUCAGCUGUUAAACACAAAUAACUCAGUUGACGUGUUAAGCCCGUAUAAAAUAUUGAAAAAAAAAGAAUAAAAAGAAAUAUUGAAAUUUAACAAAAAGAAAAAAGCCGGAAAUUUUAAUAUGGAUGGCUUUAUGAUGGAUAUUAUUAAAGGCAUGUGCAUAAUGGAUAACGAUGGCAAUCGUAUCUUGGCCAAAUACUAUGACAAAAAUAUUUUGUCCACUGUUAAGGAGCAGAAGGCGUUUGAGAAGAAUCUCUUCAAUAAAACACACCGCUCCAAUACGGAAAUCAUUAUGCUAGAUGGCCUGACUUGCGUAUAUAAAAGUAAUGUGGAUUUGUUCUUUUAUGUGAUGGGCAAUGCCUAUGAGAACGAAUUAAUCUUAUUGUCCGUAUUGAAUUGCUUAUACGAUUCAAUUAGCUUGAUAUUAAAAAAAAAUGUAGAAAAACGCCUAGUAUUGGACAAUUUAGAAAUAAUAAUGCUAGCGUUCGAUGAGAUAUGUGACGGCGGCAUUAUUCUUGAUGCGGAUCCAUCUUCCGUGGUAAAACGUGUUGACUUGCGCAACGAUGACAUUCCCAUUGCCGAACAGACUGUGGCCCAGGUCUUGCAAUCAGCCCGCGAGCAGUUGAAAUGGUCUAUAUUAAAAUGAAAAUUGCCAAAAACUGAUCUGCAGCUUAAAAGCAAAACGGGAUUAUCUACUAACUACUAUGAUUUUUCAUUCAUAAAGGAGGGAUUUUAUACACAAACCAAACAGCGGUGCAACGGAAUGGACCAAAAUUUAAAAGUACAUCCGAAAAUGUAUUAAUAUUUGUU